GUGACGUCCCCGGACCGCCGUGGCCUAGGCCUGGGGAGAAACCGACCGGCUUUACCGUCUGACUUAAGGAUCCGCUCUUCCGCGAGGCCGGCGAGAUUGCUCGUUCUUCUCGAAGAAUGCAGUGACUUGAGGCUAAUGUGCGGGGAGGGUGCUGCCCUGUUUCUGAAACUGAGCUAUAAUGUUACAAGUCUUAAGAACUCAGGACAAGCAGCAGAAAUACAUGCAACAUGGUGACUGGAACCCUAAGGACUCUGCAAUAUGAAUAAUUCCCUGGAAAACACCAUUUCCUUUGAAGAGUACAUCCGAGUGAAGGCGCGGUCUGUCCCGCAACACAGGAUGAAGGAAUUUCUGGACUCACUAGCCUCUAAAGGGCCGGAAGCCCUUCAGGAGUUCCAGCAGACAGCUACCACUACCAUGGUGUACCAACAGGGUGGGAACUGCAUUUAUACAGACAGCACCGAAGUGGCUGGGUCUUUGCUUGAACUUGCCUGUCCAGUCACCACCAGUGUUCAGCCACAAACCCAACAAGAACAGCAGAUUCAGGUUCAACAACCACAGCAGGUUCAGGUACAGGUGCAGGUACAACAGUCUCCGCAGCAGGUCUCGGCUCAGCAGCUCUCCCCGCAGCUCACGGUUCACCAGCCUGCUGAGCAGCCCAUCCAGGUCCAGGUGCAGAUCCAAGGCCAAGCACCACAGCCGGCAGCCCCUUCCAUCCAGACCCCGUCUCUGCAGAGCCCCAGCCCUUCGCAGCUGCAGGCAGCCCAGAUCCAGGUGCAGCACGUGCAGGCAGCCCAGCAGAUCCAGGCUGCAGAGAUUCCAGAGGAGCACAUCCCACAUCAGCAGAUCCAGGCUCAGCUAGUGGCUGGCCAGUCUCUUGCCGGGGGUCAGCAGAUCCAAAUCCAGACCGUGGGUGCCCUUUCCCCACCACCGUCUCAGCAGGGUUCACCCCGGGAAGGGGAACGGCGGGUUGGCACAGCCAGUGUCCUCCAGCCAGUGAAGAAGCGCAAAGUGGACAUGCCCAUCACUGUGUCCUAUGCCAUCUCAGGGCAACCGGUGGCUACCGUGCUGGCCAUUCCACAGGGCCAGCAGCAGAGUUAUGUGUCUUUGAGGCCAGACUUACUGACAGUAGACAGUGCCCACCUGUACAGUGCCACUGGGACCAUUACUAGCCCUACAGGAGAAACCUGGACCAUCCCUGUUUACUCUGCCCAGCCCCGUGGGGAUCCUCAGCAGCAGAGCAUUACCCACAUUGCCAUUCCCCAGGAAGCCUACAAUGCAGUUCACGUCAGUGGCUCACCCACGGCCCUGGCAGCUGUAAAGCUGGAGGAUGACAAGGAGAAGAUGGUGGGCACCACGUCUGUAGUGAAAAACUCCCAUGAAGAGGUAGUGCAGACCCUUGCAAACUCUCUCUUUCCAGCACAGUUCAUGAAUGGCAACAUCCACAUUCCAGUGGCUGUGCAGGCUGUGGCAGGCACCUACCAGAACACAGCUCAGACUGUCCAUAUAUGGGACCCUCAGCAGCAGCCACAACAGCAAACUCCCCAGGAACAGACGCCGCCACCGCCGCCACAGCAGCAGCAGCAGCAACUCCAGGUUACUUGUUCAGCUCAGACUGUCCAGGUUGCUGAAGUUGAACCACAGUCACAGCCACAGCCUUCCCCGGAACUUCUGCUUCCAAAUUCUCUGAAGCCAGAAGAAGGGCUUGAAGUAUGGAAAAACUGGGCCCAGACGAAGAACGCUGAGCUAGAGAAGGAUGCUCAGAACAGACUGGCACCCAUUGGGAGGCGCCAACUCUUGCGAUUCCAGGAAGAUCUCAUCUCUUCUGCUGUGGCUGAGUUAAAUUAUGGGCUCUGUCUAAUGACACGGGAAGCUCGAAAUGGAGAAGGUGAACCCUAUGAUCCAGAUGUGCUCUACUAUAUUUUCCUGUGUAUUCAAAAGUAUCUUUUUGAAAAUGGAAGGGUUGAUGACAUUUUCUCCGAUCUUUAUUAUGUUCGAUUUACUGAGUGGCUACAUGAAGUUCUGAAAGAUGUUCAGCCCCGAGUCACUCCACUUGGCUAUGUCCUGCCCAGCCACGUGACUGAGGAGAUGCUGUGGGAGUGCAAGCAGCUCGGGGCUCACUCCCCUUCCACCCUGCUGACCACCCUCAUGUUCUUUAACACCAAAUACUUCCUGUUGAAGACAGUGGACCAGCACAUGAAGCUGGCCUUCUCCAAGGUUUUGCGACAGACAAAGAAGAACCCCUCUAAUCCUAAGGAUAAAAGCACGAGUAUUCGGUACCUGAAGGCUCUUGGGAUACACCAGACUGGCCAGAAAGUUACAGAUGACAUGUAUGCAGAACAGACGGAAAAUCCAGAGAAUCCACUGAGAUGUCCCAUCAAGCUCUACGAUUUCUACCUCUUUAAAUGUCCCCAGAGUGUGAAAGGCCGGAAUGACACGUUUUAUCUGACGCCUGAGCCAGUGGUGGCCCCCAAUAGCCCAAUCUGGUACUCGGUCCAGCCUAUCAGCAGAGAGCAAAUGGGACAGAUGCUGACUCGGAUCCUGGUGAUACGAGAAAUUCAGGAGGCCAUCGCAGUGGCCAACGCAAGCACCAUGCACUGAGAUCCCUAAGCCAUGGUGCAAGGGAGAUGAUCCAGGAAAAAAAAAUGGACAGACUUUCACACUAAAGAAGAGGCCUCCGUUUUUUUCUUUUUCUUUCUUUUUUUUUUUUUUUUAAAUUGGUGUAGUUAUGAAGCCUUUCAGACUGCUUCUGUUUAAAAUGUAAAAGGAAAUGUAAAAGGACGCCUCCUGUGCGUCACCGUAAAUCUGCCGCAGCAGAUUCCUCAGCCCGUGGGGACUCUGGGUUUCCUGAAAGCCAGAUGUCCUAGAAAGUUGCUGGCUGGCUUUUUCUUUUUUGUCUGGGGCCUGGGGAAAGGGCUCGGACUGUUAGGAGAAAUGUGGCCCCUUCCCUUACUCCAGAAAGAUGGAAUUAGUGACGGACCCUCCAGGGAAUCUCCCCAGCUGGCUUCCACUCUGACUGGCAGACGUCGCUGACCACAGGGGAGCCAUGGUCUUUUCUUUCUUCAUGCUCAGACAUAAACUUAGCAUCUUAAUGGAAGGAAAAUGAGGGGAACUUCAAUUAUGAUUUGUUAAAGACAAUUUCUAUUACACCCUCCUUUCUGACAAGUGACAUUUUAGAUGUUAAAGUAAAAACUUUACCAUGCCUUUUUUUUUUUCUUUUUCUUUUUUUUUUUUUUUUUUGGCCUGACAUUGAGGCCUUAAACCUGAGGCUCCUGUGCCUGAUGGAAUUCUUGUAACAUACACUCGUGUAUCAUAUAAAGAUACCACUCUGUUUCUCUUAUGUAUUCUUAAUCUAGUUGUUUAUUAAGAAUGACAAGCACGUCUUUUCAACA